GUAUAUUUCACUACCCUCAUUGCUAAACAGAUAAGUGGCAUAGAAUCUAUGGAAUUGGCUCAUGCCCCCUUCUCUUGGACCCUUGACCAAGAGUCACACAAAACUGGCUAGCUGUCCAAGAAUGAAGAAGCUCCCAGAGCACUCGGAUCUCACCACAGUGACUUUAGCUCUAACAUAUUGCUGACAGAUGGUGUGAACGGCAGGAGCUCUGCAUAUGCGCACUAACCUUAUCAGUCUCUUUCAUCGGCCGCCUACUUGUGUUGCCCACCUGGGGGACGGUCCAAAGUUUGCAGUAGUGACUUUAUCAGCAGUAGCAGGAGAGAGUGCAUGAGAAACACCGAUCACCUCUCUGCCAACAUGUCUGAGAGUGAAUCAAAGAUAGAGCUUUAUGAAAUAACGCCGGUGGGCACCAGUGAGCCGGAGAAAAGAGAUGUGUCAACUGGACCUCUGGUCUUUGAGCGCUACGUACAGCCCUGUGUGGCUGAGCUGCUGGGUUCUGCCCUUUUCAUUUUUAUUGGCUGUGUGUCGGUGAUAGAAAAUGUAGAGAGCACGGGGAGGCUGCAGCCUGCCCUGGCACAUGGGCUGGCACUGGCCAUCGUGAUAGCGGUGCUUGGGGAAAUCAGUGGUGGACACUUCAACCCAGCCGUGACCAUUUCUGUCUACCUGAAUGCGGGGCUGAGGCUGCGUCUGCUCUUCCCCUAUGUGGCAGCUCAGCUUUGCGGGGGGCUAAUUGGAGCAGCUCUAGCUAAGGCGAUCUGUUCAGAGGAAGCUUAUGCAAGCAGUGCAGGGGCCGCUUUCAACACUGUGCAGACUGAUGCACUGGCCUGGAAAGCUGUUGUGGCUGAAAUGCUGAUGACCCUGUUCUUGACCCUAGUGGUGUGCAUGGGGGCAGUGAAUGAGAGGAGCCGAACCCAUCUCGCCCCACUCUGCAUUGGCCUCACAGUGGCAGCGGACAUCCUGGCAGGAGGAGCCGUGUCUGGAGCCUGCAUGAACCCCGCACGAGCACUAGGACCUGCCGUGAUUGCAGGUUACUGGUCUUAUCACUGGAUCUAUUGGCUGGGACCCAUAACAGGGGCCUUAAUCUGUGCUUUAUUCCUCAGGUUUAUACUGGGAGACAGGAAAAUAAGAUUGUUUCUGAAAUAACUUCUGACCUCAGAAGCACUGAGUUCUGAUGGACUUCUUGGUGGCGCCACUCUUUUGCUCUGUGGUGCCUGCUUUCUGUUUCAUGCUCCCUGUGCUCAAACGCUGGUGGACGGCUUCAUACCAGGAACUAACAGGCAAAACAGAGCACUGAUAAAUCAGCACCCUGACUGGACCAGCUCAACAUAGCUCCACCCACUUCUGCCCCUCUAGCCAAUGGUGACUGAAUACUCUCUUGCCUGUGCCUUUGAAGUUCUCAUGGUUAUUGUGGGAGCUGACUGACUAAAUGUUCUUGUGACAGCUGCUGGUCGAAGCACUGGUCUCUUCUUUAACUCGUCUGAUCCUGAAUCGCCGCUCACAGACACCAGAAUGUUGGGUUUGUCAAUAAAACUUUGAGCUGAUUAACCUGUCCAAGCUAA